AUGAAUAAUACUUAAAAUAUUGAGAAUCUUAAAAAUUUAGUUGCAAAAAAUAUAGAAGCUGGAGGUUUCUUAAACUCAUUAAGAGCUUAAUUAAAAGUAGAGGUUUAUAAAGUAAUAUCUAUAAUAUUAAUAUAUCAAGAUUAUUGAAUCUUAAGAUUAACGAUUAAAAGAAAAUGUUGGUUUUUAAUGGGAACAUCCUUUAUUAAAUUAAAUCAAAGGAAUGACAGAGGGAAUGAAAAGUCUUGAAUUAAUUUUGGAAUAUCUUGAAUUUUUCAAAUUUGAUUAUACUGCAUAAGUUUUAAGAAAAGAAGCUAACUUUAAUGAUCCUAUUAUUAAAGAAUCUUUGGCUAGGAAAUUAGGAUUAAAUUCAUCUCUAGAUAGUUUGAGACCUUUAUUAAUGAUUUUGGUUACUGAGUUUUCAAAAGGAGGUUCUGCAAUUAACAUUCAAAGUCCUAUUAAUAAUGCAGCUCCUCCUGAAACAAAUAUAUCUAAGAAUUAAUAGAAUAAAAAAUAAUAAGAAGAGGAAUAAAAAAGAAAAUAAGAAGAAGAAUAAAAGAAAAAAGAAUAAGAAGAAAAGAAAAAGUUAGAAGAAAAAUAAAAGAAAGAAUAAGCUGAUUCAAAAAAAACUACAAAAAAAGAAGGUAAAGAUAGACCUUAAACUGCUCCAACAAAACCAGAAUAACCAGCUCCAAAUGUUAAUAAAAUAAGAGGAGUUUAAACUAAAUAAAAUGCUCUAACUUCAAUGUUUGGACUUGAUUUAGGAGGUAACUAAAAUUAAUUUGAAGAAGAUGAUAUCUUCUCAAAUAAACCUAAAUAAUAAUAAUAAUAACAAACUAAACCUUAAUAAAAUACAAAGAUGAAUAAUUAAAUAAAAAAUAAUGCUUAUGCUUAUGAUGUAGGAGCUGAUACUCAAUCUAAAAAUUAAAAGAAUUAAAAUACAAAAGGGAAUGCUACAAAAUAAGUAUCAUCUGAUCCUUAUGCAUUUGAUUUAGAUGAACAACCUAAAUAAUAAUAAAAGAAAUAUGAUUAUGAUCUUAAUUAGACAAUAGGAAAGAAAUUCAAUAAUCCAUAUGCUAUUGGAGAUCCUUUAAAAGGAUAGGCUUAAAAAGGAAAUAAAAAUGAUGAGAUUGAAGAAGAUAUUGAUGAUUUCUAAUAAUCUAGAGAUGAUAGAGCUAAAUAAUCAGUAAUUUAAAUUAUUAUCAUAGAAUUAAUUAUUUACAUCUGAUGAUGACUAUUAAAGAGCAACCUAAUCUUUGGGUGUUGAUGAAAGUGUUGACUCAUUAGCACUUGAAGAAUAUGAUUAUUAUGAAGAUGUAUAUCGUAAGAGAUGA